GUAAAAACGAGGAAAAGUUACAAAUAAAGAACCGGCUGAUUUUCUAGUUGUAUUAUUAUUAUUCUCCGAAUUUACUGAAUUUAAAUAAAUAAAGGUGGAAAAAUAUUUAUUUUUUGGAAGAUUGUUAAUUUGCGGAGUCGCGGACGGGACAGUUUAUUUUACAUUUGUGUUUUGACUGUUAAUUAUUGAAAGUGGUCUCCUUAUCAGGGCGGAUAAGUGGCGUGGAGUGACAGGCAAGUGGGAGAAGCUUAGAGAGUACAGUUUGGAAAAUAUUUGAAACUAUUGUGGUUUUAAAUGUGCAACGGAUUUUCUAGAAUUGAGCAAUUUUUGUGAAAGCCAAAGAGUACAUAACCAACAACAUGACGUCACAGUUGGUUUCUGGAAAUAAUACAAAUGAUCCAAGACAUUUGACACAAAAGCAAACCCUCAAAAAGGACGAUACUUUGGUCUACAGUUGCAGCGAUAUUAAACGUGAAAUUGAACAAACUUUGAUAAACUUUCAAUCCCCUGCAUACUGCCAGCCUCGCCAUGGACAAUUAUAUCGACUCGCUAAUGCAAUUUAUUAUCCUGAAAAAAUCCUACUGCAAGAUAAAGAACCACUUAAACUUAUCACCACAGUUCACAACAAUGCAAAAUCCAAUCAAUAUCAUGGUGCCUUAUUCCUCAAUGCGAAGACAUCUCAGAUAAUAAUCGUCAAUAAAGGUACAGACUCACUAGGAUCCUUUUGGGCAGACAUACGAGCAGUUGUUAACGGCAACUUAGACAAUUCACACAUCUUGUCUGCAAUCACGUUUGCUCUCAAGGUUAGAGAUGUGGUUGAAGAAUUGGGUGGGAUAUUACAGAUUAAUGUGACUGGUCAUUCCCUAGGAGGAUUUCUAAGUACCUUACAGGCAUUUGCCAUGGAGUGGUUACAAUUUGAGGAAAAUGAAAUCCAAGCUAGGGCGAUCCACACAUAUCGGGUGCACGUUGUCGGGUUUGAAAGUCCCGGGAGCAAGGACUUCUUGACUAAACUAUGGAGCAACUUUUUUAAAGAAGAGCGAUAUGUCAAUAAUAAAAUCCUGGAAUGUCUGGACCUAACUAAUUACACAACUGAUCCCAAUGCCAUCAAUACUUACGGGUUGCAUCUUGGAACCAUGUACAGCUUCAGUCCAGCCUUCUAUGACCUUGCAGGAUGUUACAAAAUCAAUCUAAGAAAUAUUAAUGCCCACAGUGUAGCCAAUUUUGAGACAUUAUUUGACGAGGAAGAAAACAUACAGCAAAACGCUAACCUCAGACAAAUACUCGACCAUCCACUCACAACAAUUAUGAGUGGCGGAGAGCUACACAAAUUACAACAUCGCAGAAUGGUAAAUAUUUCACCAGAGGAAGUAUUGAAGUGGAGAAGAUUGACAGCUUUUACUCCUCAAGUGAAACAGUUUCUGGAAGCAUUUGAACUCGUACGGGAUUUAAACGUUAUCAAGAAUGAUGUCCUCCCACCAGAGAUAAUGGGCAUGUUGCAAAGCUACGUUGUAACAAUUGGAAAUGGGGGGUUCAAUGGGGUCCAGUUAACUACACAAAAUGUAACAACGGACCAAUUUGUCGCAGAAGUAGACAUGUCCAUGAGAAAGAAUCCACACUUCAUCCCCCAGCAAUUGAAUGCAAUGAAAAACUGUGCUAAAGAGUGGGUCAGAAAUCUUGGAUUUACGACAGCGGCAUACUUUCAGGGAGAAGUGACAGAUUUCAAUAUUACCGAACAAACCCAUAUAAAAUACUUUCAAGUAGAAAAAUUAGAGAGAAAGACAAAUAUUUCAGUGAUCGAUCUACUUGUUGGAGUUAAUGUCGUCGCGAAAAUUUUAAAAAAUAAAAAAUCCUACCAAAUAUUUCGAGUUGGUGACCUAGUAGCAGCAGAAUUCGAUUAUCAGAGACACAUUACCACUGAUGUGGCAAUUCUGACGUGCAUGGAUGACGAUGAGAUUUACAACGCAGGCAAAAUUGCAGACGGCAUCGGGGUGAAAGUUAUUAUAAUAUCACAAAACCGUGACGGAAUUGCACUAAAGUGGGAUGACUUGCAGAAGAAAUCACAAAAUAAAAUAAUGAAUAUGGAAGUUAAUUUGCAAGGAAAGACGAUGCUCGUGUCGGAUCUUCACAUUCCCGUUGUCAUGGAACUGCUAAAUAACUUGCUUAAAAAGGAAAGCACUGUGUUCCACCUACCGCCAAUUGGACCACUGCCUGAAUACUUUGUUGAGGGGAGAAUUGCUGAAUCAAGAAAUUCAAUGGGAUGUGUACCCCAGUCUCCAAUGCAAUUACAAUUUUCAGCCAGUGUAAAUGAAUUGAGCGACAAAAUACUUAUCAUAACGGGAACAAGUGGACAGGGGAAGUCUGCAUUCCUGACAAAUCUUGUAACCAACCAACCACGAGAUGGGAAUAUUACAUUAUUUCUCCAAUUAAGGAAAGUAAUCCCGGAAUUGAAACUUUUGAAAACUAAAUUAAUAACCAUGACACAGGAUGACGCCGUUGAUUUUAUCGCCAACUCCAUCAAACUUGACGAAAUCGAGCGGACCAUUUUAAGUCAGAGUUUAAUUUCCGUAAAUGGGCCUAGACUGAAUUUCUUUGUAGAUGGUUUUGACGAAGUUUGCCCCGAUUAUGAAGAGACGCUACUGAAAUUAUUUCAAAUUUUGAAUAAAUCUACAAUGAAGCGGAUGUGGAUUUCUACAAACUACCAUUUUGAAGAAAAACUAGUUCACACUUUAGAAUGUCCAUCCUACAAAGUUCUUCCAUUGUCAGUGGAUUCAGCCACUGCGCUCUUAUCGAAUCGAUUAAAUGAUUUAGUCAAAGGGUGGGUGGGAACGCCGCAGCAAAUUAGCCUGUGCCAAUCCUGGCUUGCAAUUUCGCAACAGUGGACAAACGAUGGCUCCAUGACGACGCCCUUACUUAUCCUCUUACUGGCUGAUCACGUAGCUCCAAUCGCAAAAGAAUUUGUAUCUGGUGAAGAUAUCACGUCACUCUCUCCCCUGAAGAUCAACAUCAUCCAGCUUUUUGACUCCGUCUUUGGAGAGAAGUUAAAAAUAACGAAAGACAAGAUGAACAUACCUGUCGACGGAUCUGUAGGCACUUCAGAAAUACUUGAAGCCAGCGUAAGGGAUCAACAUGAAUUCCUCGCUCUGAAGGAGUUAGGUGUCUUGGAGAAUGCAGACCUCAAUCGCGCAUUUCCAAGAAUGUCGGCAAAACUUGACCCCCAACUUAUUUCUCGGCAAGGAAUAUUUUACCAUGAUGGUAGCUCGUACUACAGUGUUCAUCGCGCAUUUGCUGAAUAUCUUGCUGGAAGUUAUUUGUCAAAGGAUUUAAGAGUGGAGGAUAUUGACGAGAUAGCAGAAGCCGUUCAGAUUGCCAUUGUUCGGGAAGUGGCUCAACCUCGAUAUCUACAAUUGUUGAAGAAAGUUAUCAAUGAAGAAUUAAAGGAGAUGGGAUCCAUUCCAGUGGAAAAGUUCAAAUCGUAUGGGGAAUCAUUCAUACGUGAAAUGAAUAAGAAUUGGUCAGAAGGUUGCACAUUUACUCAUCGCAUUAAUCAAGAUGGAAACGCCAACAUUUUAGAAUUUGUAUUGAAAAGUGUGAAAAUGUUAUCUGACGGGGUGGAUACCCUCAAAAAUUUUUUGGGGAGCAGGUGCGGUUUUCAACAGUCACCAAUGCAGGAUACACAGAGUGCCGAAAUUGUCAACGUUAUGUUCAAAUACGCCGAUUGUUUAGGUAUGGAUGAGAAAAAACGCAUACUUUUUGGCCUCGGUGAAGACAAUUUCAGUUACCUGUCCUCUUUUUCUGUCAUCGUUGGACGUGACGAAGCCUUUACUGCGCUGGUAGGUCAGACUCGAGGAGUUUUAGAAGAUGAAGAAGUCUCGCACUUAUUCUUUUCCGAGGACAAAUGGGGAUCUACCCUGCUUUGGUCUUCUGUCUGGGCGAAUGUGGUGAUUUUAGAUUCUAUUUUGAAAGAAAUAAAACAUCGUCGACUCCUAAAACCUCUCCAAACCUCCAUUUUUCCAGAGGGUGAAGUUUCCCUUUUGAACAUGGCUACACGCCUUGGUCAUUUCGAGGCAUGGGAGAAGUUAUACGGUUUCUGCACAACCGAACUUUCAUUACCAGAAAAUAUUCUGAAAAAAGAAUUGUACCUGAGGUGGGCUUGUACGGGAAAUACAACUGGAAUCGCCUUAUCUACAGAGGAAAAGGAACAAGUUCUACUGGGACUGGACAAGGACGACUUAACAAUCUUCGACAACAAGGCGAGACAAGGAGCAAUAUCAGAACUUCAGUCAUUAUUAAAAACAGUAAAAUCUGAUUGUCCAGAUAUACUAAAGACACAAAUUCUUAAAAACUCAUUCUCACCCGGUUCCCUAUUUACAUACGCAAUCCCGUACGUUAUUACUGACACUAGCAGAGACACAGGGAUAGGAGAGUCCCAAUAUUUUAUGAAAUUCCUGAGAGAAACUCACCACCCAUUUCCAGUAGUGCACUCAAACUCUCACGCAGAUCUGUGGGCCUGGAUGACUAACAAUUUAAAUGUGGAGGAACUGAACGAAGCCUUAUUUGAGAGGAAGGAAACUUCUGGAAAUACCGCAUUUUUAAUGGCUAUAAAAUUUGCAGGACCGGGCAACACUUAUUUGUAUGAUAGAAUAAUAGAACAUUUUAACACUGGUUUAACACCCAGCGAGAAAGCAGAGAUUCUAAAGAUGAGAAACAAUCAGAGUCCAUUCCAUGUCGCCGCUAAUGCAAGGGUGGAUGACUUUCCCUUGGUCAGAAGUCUGGUCAAUGUCGCACUUGCGAAUGGAAUAGAUUUUAUGGCAGCCUUUGCGGAGGAGGAUGCCGUUGGGGAGAAUGUUUGGGAAAUUUUGGUCAAAUGGGGUCACUUUGUGAGAAUGAUGGAUUUCACGUUGAUAGAAAAGAAGAUUGUCUUGGAUAGAGAGUAUGUUCGAAACGCCUUUCAUAGAAGUCUUCCCAAUGACGGAAGGAAUGUUGUUGAUAUUUUGAAAGCACAAAUUGACCAAGGUUGGCAGCAGGUUACAGAUGAAGUGAAAUUUUACCAAAAAAGGAUUGAUAUGACGGAGGAGUUGGGAGAUGAUUAAAUAAUGUUUUACAGUGUCAUCAUAUUUAAUUCUGCUAAAUAUAUUAUCCUUCUUCAAGCUAUGACACAUACUUAUAUACACUUUGCAAAAAAUACAUUACUGCAAAUAAAUGAAUCAUGUAAAAUUCAAA